UUUCGUAACUAGUAACGGUCACAUUGGAAUCUGAUCUAAUCAAUUCCGUACAUUUCUUCCCCACACCCGGUGACCGGCCAUCUACCUACAUAGAGCCUGCUCGGGGUCGGACUGAGGAUGGGGAGCAUCGGCUCUCCUUGAGACCCCCGAAGGGCAAGGAAAAGCUAGUACUCGCUCCGGGCCUGAGACCGGGACCUUGGUGCAGGAUAUUCCAGUGAGCUUGGCCCCUGUAUUAUGCACAUCGUUUCAGGCAGUCUGGGCGCCUGAUUAUACUCACCCUGUCAUUCAUCCCGUGGUAUUUGUGGCGAAUUUAUCAACCACCCGUAUCACCUCCUCAGGGAAUCUAAUCUUUCCUCCCUCGUGAGUCGCAUCCUUCUCAAGACGUAAAUCCGUCAAGAACGCAUGGCAAGCAAAACGACGUUAGACUGCGCUCCUGCGACCUUGACAACCAGACUCCCAGUUUCCAGUCGCAACGGCCGACAAGAUCGCUUACGUGGGCCCCGUCCGAUAAUAUCCGAUGGAUCUAUGUCAGCCUUCACCGAGCUGGACAGUGCCUGGGGCUGGGAGCCUAGAUCAGCACUGAAGUCUGACACCCGUUCGUCUUGGUGCACUUGCCAGAGCCUCUGGCAUGCAUCUGACCUCCGAUGGACGUCUGGUUCCCGCGGAAGAUACAAGUAGCGCGCACCGCAACCGACCCAAAUGCGCUUACUACAGUACUUCCGUCUUGCUUCCGUCGCCGAAGUGUCGGACGUCCGAUCAAGAAGGUCUCGCCCGGAGGAAUGCUUCCGCGGAGAUCCAGAGCUGUCGGCAAGCUUCUCUGAUCUCUCGCAAGUCACAGCUAAGUGUGCACGACAUGUUCUCCCGAGAGCCUUCAGUGUAUACAUGCUUCAGCCAGCUCAACAAUGCUUUGACUUCUC